AUGACCAUUUAUGACAUUCCAGUAAUAGUGAAGGAAGCUCUUCCGCGGGCUGCAACUGCGACCAACAUCCCUAAGGGGUUCCAAUGCACAGGAAUUGCGCCAUUCGACCGCAACAUUUUCGAUGAAAGCGAGUUCCUUCCAAACUAUGUAACUGAUCGCCCACAUGAGGCCACCCAAGCUGAACCAGCUGAGGUAACUUCAGAUGAACCUGCUGAAGUUGUUCCAGAGGAACCAGAACUCGUCCGCCCAGAUGAGGUCCGUCAAGAUGAGUCACACCCACAUACAGAGCAAAAUGUAGGUUCUCCUAUGCUGCAGGAUCAACAUAGCAUGCAGCCAGGACCAAGCAGAGACACACCUAGAAUGACGACGAUCACCAAGUCUCCUGAAGUCAUCGCGCCUUUCCCUAAAGCAGGUCCAAGGAAGCAGGCACGAGGUGGUAGACGAAAGCGGAUGUCAGCCAUUCUUACCAGCACACCAGACAAAGAGAAACUGGAACAAGAAAACAACAGCAGAAGAAGCAGGCCAAAACACUUAAGCCAACUAAAAAAAGGGUGA